AUGAAAUUAGAUCUGAUUAAUGCUGAAACUGUCGAAGAAUUUAUAGUUUCAAUGAAAAAACGUAUCCAACAAUUGACAACCAAUAAGACAUGUAAUUCAAAUUUGAUGGCCAUUCAGGCCAUUCAACAUAAAUAUGAAACGACACUUAGCUUUAGUUUUGGUAAAGGAAUCGCUGAAAACUUUAAGCGAAGGUCUGGUUAUUAUUGGAGUGACUUCACUGAUGCCUUUGUCGGUGAAAAAUCAAUUCACAAGACAAUGGCCACAAUAGCGUCACUAUAUUUUGCGAUAAUAUUGCCGUGCAUUGCGUUUGGUGUCCGCGACCACAAUAACACCAACGGCAACAUUGAUGCCAGACGUGCUCUAAUUGGUCAAACAAUUGGUGGUAUAGUAUUUGCUUUAUUUAGUGGUCAACCAUUGGUGGUCAUAAUGACUACCGCACCGUUAUGUUUGCUAACUAAAGUGGUUUACGAUAUAUCUGAAGACUUAAGUGUUGACUUUUUUGAUGUGUUUGCUUGUGUUGGCCUCUGGAACGCCCUGUUUGUCAUUAUGUACGCCUUGUUUGAUGUCAGUUAUCUUAUGAAAUGGUGUACCCGUUCUACUGAAGAAAUUUUCGGCUUGUUUUCAUUUUUUGCCUUUUUUAUUGAUCCAAUCAAAGACUGUAUUGAAAAUUUCAAAAAGUUUUACUGUUUUUCAACGUCUGGUACCGCUUGUCAUGACUGCGCUCCACAAAACAGUGUCUUAUUUUUGAUGUUAAUGUUGUUUACUGUAUGGUUGGCACUAUUUAUCUAUGAUUUUAACAAAACGAAAUAUCUUAAUUCUCAUUUUCGUGAGAUUUUGUCCGAUUAUGCCUUACCUAUAGCCGUAUUGACCACAAGUUUUGUCGGAUCUUAUCUGUUUCAAGAAAUUAAAGCUGAAAAGUUUGAAAUCAUCGACUCAUUUGAAUUCAAAAUAAUUACUUUCAAGAGUUUAACCAUAUCUUCAAUAUUUGUAUCACUUGUGUUGGGCUUUGCACUGUCACUGCUCUUCUUUAUGGACCAAAACAUUUCUGCAGCUUUAGUGAACAAUCCGAGCAACAAACUAAAGAAAGGCGAAGCCUAUCACUGGGAUCUACUGGUGGUCGGAGUACUGAACAUAUUUUUGUCUUUGUUUGGUCUUCCCUGGAUGAAUGGUAUGUUACCGCACUCACCCAUUCACGCCCGCAGUCUGGCAGAUGUUCAUCGACUGGUCGACGCCAGCGGACACGUAACUGAAGAAGUGGUUCGCGCGCGUGAAACUCGUGUCACCGAACUGGCGACACACGCGCUGAUUGGUGUCUCACUAUUUUUGAUACCCCAUCCACUCGAUUAUAUACCGAUUGCUGUCCUCAACGGUCUGUUUCUCUACUGUGCCAUUGCAUCACUUCGUGGCAACUCUUUUGUUGAACGAAUGCUACUCUUUAUUACUGAACAAACAUCAUAUCCACCCAAUCAUUACAUACGCCGGUGUCCACAAAAUGUCAUACAUUUGUUUACUGCAAUUCAAAUCAUUCAAUCAGCUGUUCUCUGUUUCUUUGCCUUCAGUGUCUGGCCAUACGUUCAAAUGGCUUAUCCGGUAGUAAUUGCUAUAUUGAUGCCAAUCAGAGCUAAACUAAUCCCAUUAAUAAUUGAUGAAAAAUAUAUUAAAGCCAUCGAUGGUUAUCAUUAA